GUCUUUCUAGCCCUAUUGGGCAUCUUCUAAGGGGCCCUGGGCAUCUAUUUCCUGCCCGGCUGCCUCUUCUUACACAGAGAGGCAUCCCAGAGCUGCCCUGGUUAGCUGUUCUCCCACCUCUCUGCUCUGUUUGCCUUGGAGUUUUAACAAGAAGGGGCAGAACAGGAGACUCUGCUGGACGCUGGAGAUGUGAGGCACACCCCCCUGACCUUUCUUCCAGCCAAACGGCUCUGAUAAGUGGGCAGGCCUUGAGUCUGGAGACCCACAGACACACUUGGACGAUUCCUACUGACAUCAGUGAGGCAAUCUCCUCCCAGGGGCUUGGCGCCUGGCUCCAGAGGCAAGGCUGCUGGCCUGGACACUGACUGUCCAGUGCCACAGACAUGGCCAACGGGACCAAUGUCUCUGCCCCAUACUACAGCUAUGAAUACUACCUGGACUAUCUGGACCUCAUUCCCGUGGACGAGAAGAAGCUGAAAGCUCACAAAUAUUCCAUCGUCAUCGCACUCUGGGUGAGCCUGGCGGCUUUCGUGAUGCUCCUCUUCCUCAUUCUGCUCUACAUGUCCUGGCCGGGCUCCCCGCAGAUGAGGAACAGUCCCAAGCACCACCAAACAUGCCCCUGGAGUCACAGCCUCAACCUUCACCUCUGCAUCCAGAAGUGCCUGCCGUGCCGCUACCGCAGGGAACCCCUGGGGACCUCACAGGCUCUGGUGCGCUCAGUGGAGCCAGGGAGCAGAACUGGCUCUGACCAGCCGCUACAACAGGAGAGUUCCUCCACCUUGCCGCCGGGGGUCUUCCAGACCCACCCCACUCUCCUCUGGGAAAUGACCCUCGAUGGGGGUCCCGUCAUCAGGAGCAAGCCCAGCAAGCCUCCCCCUGGAGACAGGACCUCUCAAUUGCAGAACUGAUGUCAGUGAAUCAUGGCCAUAGCUGCGUGGACUGGUGAAAUCAAACCAACCUGGACACAUACGUCUUUGUUCUUCUUGGAGGCUGUUUGCAUGUGGCAGAAAGGACACGUAGGUCAAGUGCAACUAGAGCAUCCUAUGCCUUUGACAAAGACUGCAGUGGCCCCUUGAGCACAGAGGUCAUCCCAGGUAUUGCUGAUUUUAUUGAGCACACUUAGCCUGCUUGCUUAUGGCUUAUGUUUGUUUAGGGAAUAAGAAAAUAAAAUAUAUGCAAAUCAAGA